AUGGCUGAGUCGGAGCUCAAGUGGCCCGCUGCUCGGGUGCGAAAGACCUUUUUCGAGUACUUUGAACAGAGGGGCCACACGAUAGUCCCAUCUUCAUCAGUCGUCCCUCACAAUGACCCCACCCUGCUCUUCACCAACGCGGGCAUGAACCAGUUCAAGCCCAUCUUCCUCGGCACCGUUGGCAAGACCGAUCCCAUGGCCAGUCUCAAGGCAGCUGUCGAUUCACAGAAAUGUAUACGAGCAGGCGGCAAGCACAAUGAUCUCGACGAUGUUGGCAAGGAUAGCUAUCACCACACAUUCUUCGAGAUGUUGGGUAACUGGUCUUUCGGCGACUACUUCAAGAAGGAGGCUAUUUCAUAUUCUUGGGAGCUCCUCACCAAGGUCUACGGUCUGGACCCUUCUCGUCUUUAUGUCACAUACUUCGAGGGUGAUGAGAAGUUGAAACUGGAGCCUGAUCUGGAGGCCAAGGAGCUCUGGAUCUCGGUUGGUGUCCCCGAGGACCACAUCCUUCCUGGAAACAUGAAGGAUAACUUCUGGGAGAUGGGUGACCAAGGCCCUUGCGGACCUUGCAGUGAGAUCCACUACGACAAGGUUGGUGGUCGAAACGCUUCAAGCCUCGUUAAUAUGGAUGACCCCAUGGUUGUCGAGGUUUGGAACAACGUUUUCAUGCAGUAUGACCGCCAAAAGGAUGGCAGUCUCAAGUCUCUUCCCGCAAAGCACAUCGACACUGGUAUGGGUUACGAACGACUCGUUUCCGCUCUCCAGGACACUGUCUCCAACUACGCUACCGAUUGCUUCACUCCUCUUUUCCAGAAGAUUCAGGAGGUCACCGGUGCCCGACCCUACACAGACAAGUACGGCAAAGAUGAUGCUGAUGGCGUUGACACUGCCUACCGUGUAGUCGCUGAUCACAUUCGAACCCUGUCUUUCUCCAUCGCCGACGGUGCUGUUCCCAACAACGAUGGCCGAGGUUACGUUAUUCGACGUGUGUUGAGACGAGGUGUUCGAUAUGCCCGAAAGUACUUCAACGCCGAUAUCGGUGCUUUCUUCUCUAAGAUCCUGCCUGCUCUCGUUGACCAGAUGGGAGAGCAAUUCCCUGAGCUCGUCAAAAAGCAGCAAGAUAUUAAGGAAAUCCUUGACGAGGAGGAAGUUGCCUUUGCCAAGACUCUGGAUCGUGGUGAGGCUCAAUUUGAGAAAUACGCUGCUGAGGCCACUAAGAACGGCGCCAAGAAGCUCCAGGGUGAUGUUGUUUGGCGACUUUACGAUACUUUUGGUUUCCCUGUUGAUCUUACUCGCCUGAUGGCCGAGGAGCGCAACCUCGAGAUUGAUGACGAGGAGGUCAAGGCCGCCCAAGACAAGGCCCGUGAGGCCAGCAAGGCAGUCAAGGAGUCGGUUCAGACUUUUGCCAAGCUCAAUGUUCACCAAAUCUCCGAGCUUGAAAAGGACCUUAAGGUUGAGCGAACCAAUGACGACGCCAAGUUUCUUCUAGGUGACAGCAAUGCGCAAGUUCAGCUUAUUUACGACGGCACAUCCUUCCUUAAAUCAACCAAGGACGUCUCUGAGAAGACUGCUCUUGGUCUCCUGAUCGACAAGACCAACUUCUACGCCGAGUCAGGUGGUCAGGUCGCCGAUACUGGACGCAUUGUAAUUGACGAUGUCGCCGAGUUCAAGGUGCUUGAUGUCCAGAACUAUGGUGGAUACAUCCUCCACAACGGAUACAUCGAGUACGGUACCUUGUCUUCUGGAGACAAGGUCAUCUGCGAGUACGAUGAGCUGCGCCGAUCGCCCAUUCGCAACAACCACAGCGGAACCCACAUCCUUAACCACUCCCUGCGAGAGGUUCUCGGCGAUGAGGUCAACCAGAAGGGUUCUCUGGUCGACAGCGACAAGCUCCGUUUUGAUUUCUCUCACAAGACUGGUGUCAAGAUUGAGGAACUGAAGAAGAUCGAAGAGAUGUCCAACGAGUACAUUCGUCGCGGCCAGAAGAUCUACUCCAAGGAGGUCGACCUGGAGAAGGCUCGCCAGAUUGAAGGAUGCCGUGCUGUCUUUGGCGAGACCUACCCUGACCCUGUCCGUGUUGUCUCUAUUGGCAAGGAUAUCGAUGAGAUGCUCGCUGAUCCCAAGAAGCCUGAGUGGCGCCAGUACAGCGUUGAGUUCUGUGGUGGUACUCAUGUCGAGCAGACUGGUUUGAUUAAGGAUCUUAUCCUUAUUGAGGAGAGUGGUAUUGCCAAGGGUAUUCGUCGUAUCAUCGCCUACACUGGCGAGGCUGCGCACCAAGUUCAGCGUGAAGCUGAUGAGUUCUCCAAGAAGAUCGAUGCUCUGGAUCAACUGCCUUUGGGCCCCGAGAAGGAGACCCAGAUGAAGGCCGUCAGUGUGGAGCUGAGCCAGUUGACCAUCUCAACCUUGACAAAGGACGACUUCAACAAGCGCUACCAGAAAAUCAACGCGGCUGUCACCGCCGAGCAGAAGAAGCGCCAGAAGGCUGAGUCCAAGACUGCGCUUGACACUGUCAAGAAGCACUUUGAUACCAACAAGGAUGCCAAGUGGUUUGUUGGUCGCCUGCCCGUUGGCGCCACCUCCAAGGCUCUGAUGGAAGUGGUCAAGCACUACCAGGGCAAGGAUAAGGAGAAGACUGUCUAUGUCUUUGGUGGCAGCAAGGAGGAGGGCGCCGUUGCUCACGGUGUCUACGUCGGAACUCAUCUUGCGUCCCAAGGUGUGACUGCCGAACAAUGGGCUGCUUCUGUGUCCGAGGUCAUUGGUGGCCGCUCCGGUGGCAAGGAGCCUACACGACAAGGCCAGGGUACCAAGCCUGAGAACCUCGACGAGGGUGUUGAGACCGCGACCAAGUGGCUCGAUGAGAAGCUGAAGCUGUAA